AUGCUGCAGGAGCUACCUGAUGAGUUGCUUGGCGAGAUUGUUUCUCUGUUGGACUAUCGCAGCGUGGCGCGUCUGGCCCAGACAAGUCGCUCCUUUGCCGCCCUGGCAAGCGAUGCGCUGCUCUGGCAACACGUCUACGCCUCGACAUUUGAUGCGCCAUAUCGUCGCGAUUGUGCGAGUAGGACAGUCGAGGGCGUAUUGGGUGGUUUGAGGGAACCGCGGGGUAGGACGCACAAGGAUAAGCUCAAGGCACGUCUCGAUGCACUGCAUGCGUUCCUCAACUACGACACAGACUUGCACUGCCCGACACUGCUAUCGCUCUUUUACGAGAUGGGAGAAGCCAAUGCGAUGGUUGUCAGCCGUUGUGUAGCAGUCAAGGAGAGGAAGUUUGAGGAUCGUGAAGCUGAAUGUCAAGCUGUACGCUUUGAGCUGCUAUGUGGUGGUAUGCCUUGGCAACUAGCACGCGACUUUGCAACAAAGAGGAAUAUCAACCUUGGCAACGGUCAUCCACAAGACAUCGUCAAGUAUUUCCUGUCGUAUCCACCUGGCCAUGGCUUUGAAGGUCGUGGAAGACGGCAGGACCUGGAUCCACGCUCAGACUACUUUCUCGCUCGUAUGCUCUUUGCACGUCAACAAGGCUACCGUGCAAGUCCGAGCUUCGUACACGACAUGUCUUCAUGGACAUCCUCUUUUCUCAAGGCAUCGAGUAUGAUUGUCUAUGAUUCGAUCGCCUACCCACUCUUUCACUUCCCACCUCACAAUAUUCGUGAACCCAUCAGAGAUCAUCCAAUGCCUAGGACGUUGGAAGAUCGAGCACGCUAUCACCUGAGAAGUGGCAAUCGUCGACCUGCACCCAUCACAGCGACCGCCACCUGUCGUGAGCCUUGCGUCAAUUGGGGUGUCGUCGAGACAAUCUUGCAAAUGGUGGGCCUGUACAAGCAUGGCCUACCGGAUCUUAUUCCGGGGUUGUCGAUACCGCGCGAUUGUCUCGAGCAUGAAGUACCCAUGGAGGCUUGUAUGUUUGAUGCAGGUCUGGCAGGGCAUUAUCGAGGCGUGUAUGCAUACCUGGACUUUCGCGAACUCGAGCAUCUGGACUUUGGACGACCAUUGGCGCCGGACUACUUUGAUGGUAUACAAGAAUUGGUGAUUGAAGAGGAGGAAGCCGUUGAAAUGUUUCGUCCUACGGCGACAGAUCCUAGAGCAGACGAUCAAACAGCUCGGGAAGGCAAUACCACAGAUGAAGAUGAAGACGGUGAGGGUGAGGGAUGGGGUGAAUCGGAUCAUCUCGACAGACUUCAAGAUAUCCCGUUCCGUCGCUUUACUGCGAAUUCACACUCACGAUAUCACGCACACCGUCAUCACAUCCACGGCUCUAGCCUACAAAUCCCAGGCUACCCUGCUGGCUUCAAGGUGGUUCGCUUUGAGAGUAUGUUUGAUGAAGAACAUGGUUUGUUACCGUGGAUUGUGGAAGCCGUCAAUAUCCCCUCAAUUGGCAUUGUUGGACGAUGGCGAGAUCGAACAGAAGCCCGUGGUGUUGCUAUUGAGGGACCCUAUGUGCUAUGGAGAGACCGUGUUGGUGACAGAAUAGAGCGCGAGCGACUCGUCAAGUUGAUGACGGGGUCAGAUGUGGUUGCACAGGAUGUGAUGAAUGAAGUGACGGAGCGAUAUGGGAUGGAUGCUGAAACGCUCCUGGCUGCUUGGCAAAAGCCAGACGCAUUGGCACGGCAGGUUUCGCCCUCAUCGAAGGCCUUUGAGCGAUACAUCGUGGUGGAGGCGACUGAAGUGUGA